AAGGGGAUCGAACCCAUGGCAGUUUUACAGGCUAAGAGCUGCUACCCUACCUCAGCAUAUUUCAAAGCCCAACUCUGUCUAAGGUAUACUACUACCACUCCCCCAGGAUGUGACCCACAACAGUCGACUGACACCCAGAUCAAUAUGCGUCAACAGCUACAGUGUUUAGGUUUAUUAGCUCUGAUAUAUCUGGUAAUUUGUCAUGAUACUGCAAAUAUGAAUGAAGAUGAUUUGAGUUAUAGCCUUGAUCAACUUUAUAAAGAACCAGAAGACACUGUGGAUCCACAUGAUAUGCUAGCCUUCCCUGGUCAAAAGAGAGUGCCCACAGCACAUGAGUCAGGACCCUGGACACAUGAAGAUAAAAAAGCUGAAGUUGUCACUGGAAAUGAAGAAAGUCAUACUUCAAAUGAACUUAGUACUUGCCAGGAGCGGGUAUCCAAAUUGGAACAUGGAAUUGAGGUAGAGCAACAAAAAUUGUCAGCACUUCGUAAAAAGUUGAACAAUGAGGGAUCUAUUGACAUGGAGGCAUUCUACAGCCGAUCAAUUCGGCACUUGUGGAAUGUUCUUCUCCUUGAGGAGGCAGGGUACAUUCUGAAGGAUGAGAACUCUGCUGUGAUUCGACAUUUGAUUGUACGAGUUACCAAAGAUGACAUCGACAUGUUGAAACAAUACUUAGAACAUCAGAAAUAUAUACAUCAGGUUGAUGAUUUUCUACAGCGUGCUUUCACAUUAGAUAAUCCUCCAGUGGAUGAAAAGUUUAAUUUCAUAAACUCAUUUAUGGCAUUAACAGUAUCACUUUUGGAAAUUGGAAAAAAUUUGGAGACUUGGUUGUACCUUCUCUGUAUAGGGUUCCUUAUUUUGGCCUUUUGGGCAAUAUACUUAUUUGUGCAAGACAUACAGCAAGAGCUGAGAUGGGGAAGAGUCCUGACCAUGAUGAUGAUCGUUGUAUUUUUCAUAUGUUGUGUGUGGCAUUGGAGACAUUUGCAUAUGGUUGCCGAGUCACGUCGUCAUGCUCAAAUGAUGAAAAGAGGCUUUAAUAACAUGCCAGAAGAAUGCAAACCUGGAGGCCACGGGGAUACACGCAGUCUUCUAGAUUGGCUUAAAAUUAAUUUAUUUGGAUCUCCAGAUGUAUGUGAAAGAUACUUUGAGGAGCUGAUGGUGGAUCCAACACAAGAGAUAACCCCAGCCAUGGCCAUUGCAGAGACACUUGCAAAAUUUUUCCUUCAGCCAUUACAACAUUUAGGGUCAGAGAGUGCUAAGUUAAUUACUAACUUUUAUAAUAAUGUUCCUCUGGUAUAUCAUGUUCCAGCCACAAUAUUAUUUGUGGCCUUGCUUGUGAUAAUAUUGUUUUACAUACGUGGAUACGGAAUGGACUUUCCCCUAUGGAUGGGUGGGAUACGUCCUGUCUACAGAAAUGAAGUUACAGACACAUCGGAAGUUGACAGAAUAACAAGACAGGCUAUUGCACAGCUGAAUCGUGAUAGAGAAAGAUUCAUGGAGGAAUCUCGCUCCAUAUUAACAGACAUCACAAAAGCAGUUGUAUCCACACAAAAUCAAGUAGAUAUUCGACCAUUAUUAUCAUCAUCAUCCAGCAUCAUAGAGAAUGAAUUAGAGCGGCUUGUCGCUCGCAAGUUGGCUAGCAUCUUUCCUCAAGGAAGCAUUACUGAUACAAAUGCAGUACAACUUGAUAGAAAUCAUAGAACAACCCAGCAUGAAUCAGACGUUCUUAUGGUGACAUCAACUCCUGCAAGGAAAGAGACUUCAUAUGAGGAUAAUAGGGAAGAACAGACAAGUUUUGGAGAGACAAAAUAAGAUAAGCUAGAAUUGAAGGGCUUAGGAGUCGUAACUGAUGCUGUUCACUACCGACUAACGAACUCUCGUAGAGAGAAAGUUUUACCUCCAAAGAAUGGAAGAUCUGGUUGCAAUAGUGGCAGCAGAGUUUCAAAUGAAAACAGUAGGACUGUCAGUGUUCUCAAGGCAAGUGGGAGGCAGCUAGAACAGUCCCCCAGUAGUGGUCAUAUACAGAGUAAAAUUAACACCUCUUCCAGCUCACUACAAGGUCUUAAUAAUACCCCAUCUUCAAAUCAGGGAAAGCUUAUGGAUAAUGUUAUAGAGAAAAACCUGUCAUUGGAAUUUGAUGAACCAGAUAAUGAUAAUACUGACCCAAGUACCUCUGAUGAUUUUGUCUUUCAGAUAAGAAGCUUCUUGGAAAACUCAGCAAAUUCAAGUUUAAAUGACAGUAAUGCACUUCUUGACAAUAGUAAUUCUGUGAGUGUUAGACAACGACAUAAUCAAAACGAGAAUAUUAGCCUACAAAACAGUCAGGAAAAAUAUCAUGAAGUAGAGCUCAGUGAACCUAGUGUUCAAUUUCUUAAAACUAUAGAAAGUGUUCUGACUCCUGAAGCAUAACAUGUGAAGUCUUUUUGCCAUUUCACUUGAAGAAAGAGUUUAAUUAUAUAAUGUGUGUUUUUCAAUGAUUCACAAAAUACUUGAAGUGGAUGGACUGUUGUAUUCUCUUUUGUGUUCAUAUUUUGUUAACAGCUUAGAGAAAUUUAAAUAAAUUUCCAUUUUUGGUGCAUAUAAAGAUAACUAUACAACAUUGCAGAGUUAUCUUUUUUGGGUCACCUUGCCUUGGUGGGAAAUGACCAAUGUGUUAAAAUGUUAUCAUGUUGCAGUGACGUCAAAUUAUAUACUACUCUAUUAAGACUACUCAAUAUUUGUAAUCCUCAUCUGUUUGUAUACUACCAAACACUUCUCCAUCUUUUCAGUAGUACAAUUAGCAUAAAAAUGUAAGUCAUUUAUCACAUUUUCUUUUUGGCAUUUACGAAUAAUUCUGGAGAUCAUUGUCCGGGGCUAAACUCGGACCAGGCCUCCUAAUUUGGAGAGCAAAUAUUCCAGGAAUAAGAACUCUUUAGAAAUGUACAUGAAUGAUAUUGUAUACUGACAAGAUGAAGAAUUAGACACGUGCAACAUCAGGGUAUAUUUAUUUGUAGACAUUUUGCCAUCUAGUGGCUUUAUCAAUACAAUACAAGGACAUAAUGUGAAGACUGUAGCACUAUAUACAAAAGAUGAGGUACUCAGUCCCUCAGCCUCAAAGAUGGUGAAGAGCACCGUGGUCUUAAAGACCAUGGUGCUCUCUGUGUAUGUUAUUGAGACAACAUUUGGUUUUCUAAUAUUAUGUCAGUAAAAUUUAACUAUAACAUACCACAACACCAAUAAAGGCAAUGUAAAAUGAAAACAAGAAAAAGUUUUGGAACAUGAACAGAAAAUUGUGACCUACUGAGCAUUCCAGAAAGUACACAGAUAAUUUCUGUUUAAGGCUCAUGAACAGUCACUCAUUUGACUGUCUUAGCAGUAGUGAAAUACUAACAGCAAUUCAUAAUAGUAUUUGUAAUGCAGGAAACUCAAUCCUCCAAAAUCCCAGAUGGAAGUAUGUAUAGGGUGUCAUGACCCAGUUAUGGCAUAUGGUUCAUUAGUUUGUAACAUAUCAAAUAUUUGUCAGAGGAGGACUUAGAUUACUACUGCUGUUGAGUUACAUUAGUUUUGUACGUAUUUGUAUUUUGGUGGGAAACAAGCAAUGUAGGAAAAAAAAAAUUAAGUGUUGUAACAGAAGUGUUAGUAGGGAAAAUAAUUCGGUUCUUGAUAUUUAAAUAUUUGUAUGCAGCUGCUCUGUGUAAUUUAAGUAUUUGCAUAGUUACUCUGUAAUUGUUUAUUUCCUUAUAAUUGUACCUUUUUGCUUUAAGUUUUCCUAGUGUUAAAUGUGUUUUUAUAAAUAAAUUUUUUUAGUAC